UCAAUGUCCUUCGAUUAGCUAUUCAAGCUUUCAAGACCACAAGUUCAAGGAUAAGAAGAACAUAAAGAGUUCGUAGUAGAACUGAGAAGGAAAAAAAAAAAAAAAAAAGAAAAGAAUAGAGCUGAAAAAUGAAAAAGUCCGAGUUGGUGUUCAUUCCAUGGCCGAUGGUCGGCCACCUGGUCUCAACGGUCGAAAUUGCCAAGCGCCUAAUUGACCAAGAUGAUCGAAUUUCGGUCACAAUUCUCUGCAUCAAGUUGUGGUUAACUCCAUUUGCAGAUGAAUUCACCAAGUCUCUUGUUGGCUCAGAAACUCGAAUCAAGCUCAUAGACAUCCCCGAACCGCCUUCUUCAGAGCUACUGAUAAAGACAAGAAAAGACUAUUUUUAUCUUUACGCAGAAAGUCUUGUCCCUCAAGUGAGAAACACUCUCAAACACAUUAUUAUGUCAUCUCAAUCGAACUCAAUCCAAGUUUCAGGUUUGGUUCUUGAUUUCUUCUGUAUGCCUAUGUUGGACGUUGCCAAUGAACUCGGUCUCAAUAGUUAUAUUUUCUUUACUUGUAACUUGGGAUUUCUUAGUUUCUUUCUUCACCUUCCGACUUGCCAUGACCUGAUCGGCUCUGAGUUCAAAGACUCGGAUCCUGAUCUUAUAUUACCAGGUUUCGCGAAUCCAGUGCCUGUAAGACUUAUACCUGCGCAUCUGUUUACCAAGGAUGGUUACUCCUUAAUGCUUAAACUUGCUCAGAGGUUCAGAGAGACAAAAGGAAUUUUAGUAAACUCUUUUGUUGAACUGGAGUCUCAUGAUAUAGUUGAAUCGUUGAUUAGUGAUGGGAAAACGCCUCCACUCUACAUGAUUGGACCAGUGGUUGACCUCGAGGGUCUACCCCACCCAAGCGCAGAUCAAGCUCAACAGGAAAACAUCAUGGAAUGGCUCGACGAGCAACCCGAUUCCUCCGUUCUGUUCCUCUGCUUUGGAAGCGUUGGAUGCUUCUUUGGAGCGUCCCAAUUGAUAGAGAUUGCGCUCGGGCUUGAACGUAGCGGAUACAGAUUCUUGUGGUGUGCAACAUCACAAAAACCUUUCAGAAAUGUUCAAGAGGAGAUCACUUUUCCUGAAGGAUUCUUGGAGAGGACUAAAGGGAGAGGGAUUGUCUGUGAGUGGGCGCCGCAAGUGGAGGUCUUGGCUCACAAAGCGGUCGGAGGGUUUGUGUCGCAUUGCGGGUGGAAUUCCAUAUUGGAGAGCUUGUGGUGUGGCGUGCCGAUUGCUACUUGGCCUAUUUAUGCAGAGCAGCAGCUGAAUGCAUUUAGGAUGGUAAGAGAAUUUGGAUUGGCAGUGGAGUUGAGAUUAGAUUACAAAUACGAUAGAGAUGUCGUGAUGGCGGAGGAGAUUGAGAUGGCAGUAAAACGUCUUAUGGAAGGUGAGAGUGAGGUGAGGAAGAAGGGAAAAGAGAUGAGCAAGAUGGCUAGGAACGCCGUGGCGAAAGGUGGGUCUUCCUUUAAUGCACUCGGACAACUGAUAGCAGAUGUCGUUAGGAGCAUGUAACCUAGUUUUUAGUUUUAAUUAUCAUAAUGAUGUCUUGGGCUAUUUUCUUCCUUUUCUUGACCGUGUUAC